CCCUAGAUCGCGUUCUCAACGUCGCCUCCGUCGUGGCUUUACGUUUCCGGUAACAGUUCAGGAGAGACUUCACUCCCAUUGAUUGUUCUCUCCACGAUGUGUCUUCAAUGCGAUCCUUGCGUCACAGAGGCGGUGAGUUUUUUUUGUAUAAAUAGAUUUUUGUCAUGUCUACUCCGAGAGUUUUCUUCUCAGACCUCAAGUCCGGCAAGUGCUCAUCCGCUGUUGAGGCCCGGCUUCUGCGAUUCUGGGAGGCGAAGAAUGUCAAACGCGGUGGAGAGCUGAUAUAGGUCGACAUGAUCUUGAUUGAUGUCAAUGCGACAAUGAUGCAGGCCACCAUCUAUGCUAACCGUCUUUCAAGGUUCCGUUCCAAACUCGCCGCCGGAACGAUGUACACCAUCUCUGGAUACGAUGUGGCUCGAUGUGCUCAGAAUUUCAGGCUUACCGACUCCCCUCUGAUGAUCCGGUUCAAUGAUUCCACCGCCUUUGAUGAGCUAGCCGAGCCGGUUAGUCCAUUACCUGAAGAAGGAUUCCGGUUCCGUGAUCAGUCUGAAUUGAUUGGUCUAGCCAACACGAGUACACAGCUACCAGACAUUGUAGGUGAGAUCAUUGCAGUGAAGAGUAAUGUGAGUGAUACUCCUGGAGAAAAGAGUCGUCUCAUGGCAACUAUCAAACUGGAUAAGGAUUCAACCGUCACUUUAAGUCUCUUUGAAAGUCAAGCUGAGGCUUUUCACAAAAGGCUUGAGGAUAUGCAUGGUGACCCCAGAGUUGUUGUUGCAACCAGCAUUAAUCCAAAGAUGAUUGGAGGUGGUUUGUUCUUAAAUGCGACAUCUGGAACCCAUGUCUACUUUGACAAGGAGACGAAGCCAGGGGAGGACUACUUCUAUAAAUUGGUCGCCAGAGACAAUGGAGUCCCAUCUGCUGCACCAUUGCUGAAAGGAUAUGCAAAGGUGGAGACCUUGACCAUAUCGGAACUUAUAAGUUUUGUCGCCUCUGCUCAACCACAGGACAUUGACUUUGUCUGCACCGGGAGAGUGGUUCGACUCGACGUGGACAAGGGAUGGUGUUAUGUUGCAUGCGCUAAAUGCAGUAAGAAAUUGCAGCGUACUGUCUCUGCUUUGGAGUGUGUGCGAUGUAGUAAUCCUAAUGCUGUCGGAGUUCUUCGUUAUCGUCUGGAGUUGGCAAUCGCUGAUAGCACUGCUGAAGGUACAUUCGUGUGUUUUGAUGGUGUGAUGACUAAGCUGCAUAAUCUCCGAGCAAGUGAGGCCGGUCAGAUGUUGGCGGUAGAAGGAGAGAAUCCUGAGGACAUGAUAGUGCCACCGUUUAUCAAUGACAUGGAAGGAAAAACUCUCACUUUCCAGGUCAGAGUUAGCGCGUUUAACUUCACCGCGCACCAUCAGACUUUUACCAUCACCCGCAUCCUUAAGGAGCACGAGCGUAUUCCAGCUCCUGAUUUUGUCGUAAGUGGAGGAAACGAUGAGGAUGAUAAUAACCUUGGAGGUGGUGGUCAUGUUCCAGUCCGCAAUGACUCUGGAGAAGGCAGCAGUGGUCCUGAUAAGAAGGCUGAUGGACCUCCAGCCGAUACUGCGGUGGAGAAGAGUUCUCGCUCAUCUACCAGUGCAGCCAAGAAAGCUCGUGUUGUUUGAAAUUGAGUACCAGCAGUUAUGGUUUCAUGUUUCGAGUUGGAAAAUUUCUUAUCGUCUUACGUUCGCGACCUUUAUUGUCUUUGUUUCAGUUUGCUCAUUUCCCUUCAUCUAAAACUCUGUUUCAGUCAGUUUGAUGUUAAUAAAUAACUAUUUUUAAUCA